AUGGAUGGUCAAAAAUUUCACAGCGCACGCGGUAUCGAAUACAAGGAGAUAGUAUUGGACGGUCGAAGGCUUGAUAAUGCACGCGUUAUCGAUUACAGAAACUGCGGUCCUGAAUUGGACAAAGUAGUAUCAGUGGAAAACUGUCUCUACUACAUGUCUCUACUGCAAAGUUUCUACGAAGUAGAACAAUCACUCGAACCCGAAAUUUUCAAAUUAUAUGUUGUGGCGGCCGAGAGACGAUAUUUGGAGUUUAUCCGUCAACGUCAAAUGGACACAACUCGUGUAUUUAUAAGGGAUCAACCUAUUCCAUUGGACAUUGCUUAUGCAUGGCAUGCACACUUACUCUCUCCUUACCGAUACCGUGAUGAUAUUGAGUACCGUAAUUAUAGCAAUCAUGUCUUCAAGGAUCUUAAAUGGGAACACAACUUCCCACUAAAAGCAAUGUACGAAGCCAAGAAGAGCAAACUGUAUAAUUAUAGAACACCGUUGGAUGACUUCUUUGUAUAUCCUCGGAACCUGGACAGAACUUAUCUAAAACAAACACGUGUCGAUCGAAUCAAGGCACAAAAUUAUUAUUCCUCAAGCACUGAUAUCAGAGGAGCUGACGAGAUAUCACAUGCGCGACAAGCUCUUUAUAUUCGUUGCGCAUCAUGUAGCACAAAGAUAUAUGUUCAAAGCUGGGAGGAUUAUGCAGCCUUUCGAAUGAAUCCCAGUGUUGCUCUGAAAUGCCCAGCUCUCACUUGCCAGUAUCCAGAUAACACGAUCGAGUCACUCGCAGUUGCAAAUAUACUUGAAUCAGUACCUUACAACAUCAAGGGUUUGCAGUUGAAUAGCAAAGGAUCGCAUAACUCGAACGCGAAAGCCGUCCACAAGAAAUUAUGUCAGGAGAUUCUAUUACAAAAGGAUAAGUUUCGAGGCAGCAAAAACAUAGAGAUGGUCUUGGACUUGAUUAAUCACCAUGGUGACGCCAAGUACAAGAUCAACGGCAGCAAUGGUGUGUCUGGCUUUGAUUCUAGUCAUGAACAAGGAGGAAAUGAACAACUUCAAUAUGUAAAAGAGAACGAGGCGAUUGUUACCUCAGAUGCCGAAGGUUUCAUCAACGUUAUCCGAAGCACAUAUAAGAACAAUCCAACAUCAUUUUCGCUGGAUCUAAUCCAGGCCAUGCAUCAACAACGAGAAUUCGUCGCCACCAUGAACCAAAAGACUGAGCAACUUCUUCUUCCCACGUGGAUGAUCGAUUUGGCCUGGCAUAUACAUAUGCUGCAUCCCGCCCGGUAUUUCAGGUUCAUGCAGAAUCAAAGGUUCAGUCGAGUUCCCAACCACGACGAUACCAUUGCCCCUUCUCAACUGAAAGAGCAUGUCCUUGCAACAGAAACAGCAUGGUCAGAAGUACCGUCAUCACUGGUACCGCGGCUUUCCAUUAGCCUCACUGGUUUAAAGGGUGGUAUUGCGCAUACGUUUUCCAAAAAAGCGGCUCACAAGGUUCGGAAGUACCCUGUGCUUAAAAGUAAAUUAUUCGAGAAAUCAAACAUCAACAAAAGCAUAACACUAGCUGAUGUGAGCUAUCACCGGAAAGAAUGUCGAUCAGAAUCUGUCAGCAAUAGUAAUACUGUGCGCGAGCUGAUUUUUGAUACUGUCGCACACACUGGAUACGGAUAUAUUGGAUCUUUUCUUGAUGACAUUUCUCCUGCAAAGGAAGUUGUUAGACGAUUUAUCGGCAAGAGAUGCUUCAGUUCUGAAGAUGUAGAAUUUAUGAAGUAUCUAAAGCCCGAAGACAAAAAUCAUGAAUGGUGGAUCGCACGAUACAACACGUAUGGAGUCAUGCGUCGUAAAUAUUCCAAACGGCGUCAAAAAUGGGGAUGGACGACUGAUGGAGUGGACUGGUACUCGGAGGAGGAGUGCGAGUUCAUUCCAAAUCCACCUGGAAAAUUCGAAGGAGCUCUGUUUUACCCGGAAGACAUGUACCUUAAUUAUAAAGCGUACAGUGGAUACUCUCAUCGUUCUCGAACCGACGGAAGCAGAAGCGAAAGCGAAGCUCGCGCUCUUUUCAUAAAAAGUGCCUUGGAAAGUUUCUAUGGCUGUAGCAACCCAGGAUUCUCAGCUGAUAGCGGCGGUGGCGGCUCAUCCAGUUGCGGAGGCGGUGGAGGAGGAGGAGGUGAUAGCAGUGGAGGAGGUGGUGGUGAUAGCAGUGGAGGAGGCGGUGGUGAUAGCGGUGGAGGAGGAGGAGGUGGAGGAGGAGGUGAAUAA